AUGAGAAAGGCCUUUCUUUUAAAUGCAGGUACGUCGAUUACUUCUUGUUCUAUCUAUCUAUCUAUCUAUCUAUCUAUCUAUCUAUCUAUCUAUCUAUCUCUUGGUCUGUUCAUAUCUAUCUAUCUAUCUAUCUAUCUAUCUAUCUAUCUAUCUAUCUAUCUCUUUCAGGGUGUUUCUAUCUAUCUAUCUAUCUAUCUAUCUAUCUAUCAUCUUGUUCGUAUCUAUCUAUCUAUCUAUCUAUCUAUCUAUCUAUCUAUCUAUCUAUCUAUCUAUCUAUUUCAGUCUUUUUCUUUCUUUCUAUCUAUCUAUUUAUCUAUCUAUUUCAGUCUUUUUCCCAUCUAUCUAUCUAUCUAUCUCAGGUUCUGUUCAUAUCUAUCUAUCUAUCUAUCUAUCUAUCUAUCUAUCUAUCUAUCUAUCUAUCUAUCUCAGUCUGUUCAGAUCUAUCUAUCUAUCUCAUCUUGUUCGUAUCUAUCUAUCUAUCUAUCUAUUUCAGUCUGUUUCUAUCUAUCUAUCUAUCUUGUUCGUAUCUAUCUAUCUAUCUAUCUAUCUAUCUAUCUAUCUAUCUAUCUAUCUAUCUCUGUAUGUUCAGAUCUAUCUAUCUAUCUCAUCUUGUUCGUAUCUAUCUAUCUAUCUAUCUAUCUAUUUAUCUAUCUAUCUCAGUCUGUUUCUAUCUAUCUAUCUAUCUCAUCAUGUUCGUAUCUAUCUCAUCUUGUUCGUAUCUAUCUAUCUAUCUAUCUAUCUAUCUAUCUAUCUAUCUAUCUAUCUAUCUAUCUAUUGCAGUUUGUUCAUAUCUCCUUAUUUAUCUAUCUGAGUCUAGGUUCUGUUAUCUAUCUAUCUAUCUAUCUAUCUAUCUAUCUAUCUAUCUAUCUAUCUAUUUCAGGCUUCAUAUCUAUCUAUCUAUCUAUCUAUCUAUCUAUCUAUCUAUCUAUCUCAGCCUGUUCAUAUCUAUCUAAGUCUGUUCAUAUCUAUGUGUUUGAGUCCGUUCAUAUCUAUCUAUCUAUCUAUUUCAGUCUGUUCAUAUCUAUCUAUCUCAUUUUGUCGAAUCUAUCUAUCUAUCUAUCUAUCUAUCUAUCUAUCUAUCUCAGCCAGCUUCAUAUCUAUCUAUCUCAGCCUGUUCAUAUCUAUCUAAGUCUGUUCAUAUCUAUGUGUUGGAGUCUGUUCAUAUCUAUCUAUCUAUCUAUCUAUCUAUCUAUCUAUCUAUCUAUCUAUCUAUCUCAGCCUGUUCAUAUCUAUCUAAGUCUAUUCAUAUCUAUGUGUUUAAAUUCUGUUCAAAUCCAUCUAUCUGAAUUUGUUAACAUCUAUCUAUCUAUCUAUCUAUCUAUCUAUCUAUCUAUCUAUCUAUCUAUCUCAUUCCUUUUCAUAUCUAUCUAUCUAUCUAUCUAUCUAUCUAUCUAUCUAUCUAAUCGGAGCCUGAUUGAAUUUGGUCAACAUGGGAAUUGUGUUCAGGCGCUUGUCUUCAAAACUUGGAACAAUUUUGGAGAGCCUACAACAUCCAUGUCUUUUGUUGGUUUCUCUUAUCUUCGCUAG